AUGUCAUUUCCAUGUACUGAACUCUUGUUAUUUAACUAUGCCAAUAUAAAUUCAAUUUUUAAAUCUAGGGCACCUUUAACAUUUUUGUAGUUUUCUUUGGAUAUGUUCUUCAUGAAGGUGGUUGAGCUGCAGAGCUGUAAUCUAGACAAAGAGUGACAACUUUAUAUAAGAUUCAAUUCUUCAUAUGCAUUUGGAUUAUUAUAAAAAUUAUAAAAAAUAGUAGGCGUGUCCAAACGUUUGGCUGGUAGUAUCUCAAGGAAAAGCAAUGAAAAAAUACUUUGUUGACAGAUGCUUGUACCAGUCAAACAGGUUACUGUACUUAAACACACCAGUUUCCUCUCUCUUUUGCUCUCACACACUAAGGACGGAACAAAGCUUAUGACAUGUAGAGCGAGCGAACACUGAAUUUAAAACAGUCAAUUAUUAUCAGAUAAGCGUGUGAAAUGGCAGAGGAGUGUUUCGAAGACCUUGAUCCAUUCAACUGUCCCAUCUGUCUGGAUGCACUCCAGGAUCCAGUGACGAUUCCCUGUGGACACAACUACUGCAUGGGCUGCAUUCAAGACUACUGGGAUAGAAAUGGCGGCAAAUACGUUGGUUACAGUUGCCCUCAGUGCAGGAAGACCUUCUCACCUCGGCCUGUUCUCAACAAAAACACCAUGUUUGCAGAAGUGGUGGAGCGGUUUAAAAACACAGGCCUUCAGGAUUCUCCACCUACACAUUAUGAUGGACCUGGACACAUGGAGAAAGAAAUCUGCACUGCAAAAAACCCCAAAACUUUGAAGAUGUAUCCAGGAAGUGAGGAUUCACACUGUAAGAUGCACCUGAGAUAUCGUAACGAUGACUAUCCCAGAGAAAAGCACACCGUGAUUGUUAUAAAUCAGGAACCUAAAGGAAAUAUUUGCUCAUGGCACAACAGACCACUUGGAGAACAACAGUUCAUCUGUCCCCUGUGUCUUGAUGAAGUCCAUCAAAGACAUAAAGAGUUUUCAGCAGCACCUGAGAAGACAAAAACGCUGGAGCGCAGGACGACUCUGGUGACACGUGAGCUCAGGAGUAAAGACAAAACUACUGGACAUGGAAGGAGACCAUCUAAUAAGAGGAUUCAUGGCACUGAACAUAGACAUGGGCAUCGGAGUGGACACACCCGGGGCUCACGUGCUAAAAGAGGGCAUGAAACACACAGACAUGAAAGUAGUGGACACAGAGGUAAUUCACAUGGGCACAGUCAUGGUGCUGGACACAGAAGGAAAAGACUAGGGAUCAUGGUCAUGACAGAAACUGGCACUAAAAGAACCACUGCGGAUAACAUUAGAGCGCUUUGAACCUUAAGUUUGACCACAGUGUUGCAGAUGCCAUGUUUUCUAGAGGAAUGUUGCUUCUACUAGAUUCAGGCGUCGAAUGAAAGUGUCAAAUUUCCUUUGAGUGACGACAAUUCAUUUCUGGAUACAUUUAAUGUUCAUUCUAUUAUAUAAAUGAAUAGUAUUAAUUAACAUGAUUGUUUUGCUGAUAUUCUUAAUUCAAUGUUGGGUGUAUAACAAAUAUGUUCAACAGCAAGAAAAACAUGACACACCUAAAAUAACUUGUACACUUAGAUUACAUCUCAAUCUUGAAAACACUCUCCUAGUUAAUACGUUUCCUGAAUGUUGUAUCAGAUUCAUUAUUAUAUAAACAUUACAUUCACAAUCAA